UCAGAUCAAUGGCGGCACCUCCGCAUCCGCAUCACCACCAUCAUCCGCCCCAGCCGCACCAGCGCUAAUCCGCCUCUUCUCCCUCUCCUUGAGCAGCAUCCCCUCACCCCCCUCACUGUCUCCCACUUUCUUGACCACAUGCAGAGAUACCGCACCACCUCGGACACUGCCAUUGUUCAGAGGCUGCUGCUGCUGCUGUUGGUCACUCUUGGCUGCUGCUGGGGUGGUCGUGGUUGCAGCUUUGUGUCUCGGUGGUGGGUGUUCCAGGGGCAUCGUCACGCGGAGGGCGCCCGUGGUGGCUGAGCGCUGAACCUGCAGUGAGAACAGUUGUUUAUGUGCGGAUGGAUGGAUGGAUGAGUGUGGGUCGCUUGCCUUGGCAGCAGACGGCUUGACCUCUGCAGGCAGCCGAAAUUGGGUCACCUUGCCUGUGCGGUGAGAGACACAGGGAGACACUGUCUGCUGCAGCUGCCCUCUCUCCCUCCCCCUCUCCCUCUCCCUCUGUGUGUGUGCAGUGUACCCUUGACAACACAUCUCAUAUAGUCGGGGUGCACAUCCACGUCAAUUAGGGAUGUGUCCAGAUACCUGCACACACAGUGUGCCACGACACGCUCAAAGAUGAAUCGACUCCCACACACACAAAAGUAGCCGCCUGCCAGUUAGUUCAUGGCUCCUCAUGGCACACUGACUUGGGAACGAACACUUCGAUGGCGAUCUGUCCGGGGUCGGUGAAGUCGUCAAUUGUGAAGUGGUACCGGCCUUCAUUGCACUGCCUGACCAGGCCCUGGCUCGUGUAGACCGACGCAGGAACACGCUGACACACACAUACACAGACACACACAGAUGGACAGUCAGGGGUCUGGGCAUCUCUCACCUCACCUCUGUUUUCUCCUGUUUGUUUCUGCCCUCCUUCUCCUCUCUCUCCUGCGCCAGCUCACGGUACAUCUCGGUGCGCGACUCGCGCGUGUAGGCCCCCUCGCCCCCACCCUCACUGCACCCAGCUGCAGCACACAAGGGAAUUGGGGAACGUGUCAAAAGUGCCCGAGUCGGUCACUCUCACUUACAUAGUUCUUUCUUCCUCCGCUCUUCUUUGGUGUGCUCAAUGUAGCGAUGGAGAUCGGCCUCUAAGGCGGGCAGCACCCUCUGGGCCUGGCAGGCCAUGUGGUCGAUGAACGAACGACAAAACGAACGCAUCAUCCAUUCAUCAAAACUUCGCCGAGAUCACCUGAAUUCUCUCCGAGUGUGUGAUCUCCUUGCCGUCGAGCGCACGGAGGUUCGGCAGAGAAGCAGCCACAUACUGGCGAUACCCAGACCAGCUAGCUCCACACACAGACAGACACAUGCCAUUGGAUGCCCCUCCCUCCUGCCCGUGUGUCGCAUGUGCUGCUCACUCUGUGCAGGGGUUGCCGAGAAGGUAUAGCUCCUCGAGCAUCGUGUUGGCCUGCAGGCUGGCCACCGACGCCGCCAAAGCAUCCGCCUCGAUGAAGUUCACCGUCAGGUCCAGCUUCCUGCGUGUCAGUCAAAUCAACGAACGCCAGACGGACGGACGGCAGAAUCCACUGGUUUGUUCAUUUCUUCUUACUUGAGUGAUUCGCAUCCUUCCAGGUUCUCGAUGAUUGUGAUGUUGUUGAGAGCGAGGUUGAGGUACUCCAGCUCCUUGAGCUUCCGCACAUUCUCUAUCCUCCCUGAUCCACACAUCCACACCAAAAGGAAGAGGCGUCCAUCCAAUGGCAUCAGUCAGUCAGUGUACCCACCGACCAAUGAUGUUGUUCUGAAGGUAGAGGAUCUUGAGGUGUCGGCACAGCUGCUCCAGGUUCUCUAUCUUCUCGAUCUCGAACUGGUGCAGCGACACCUCCUCUAGGUCAGCAAGGAUGCCGUCAUUGUGCUCAGCACGGCGGCGAACCAACGACUCGUCGAUGCGCAUCUCUUUCCG